AUGGGCGUCACCACCAGCCAGCUCGGCGAGCUCGCCGCCAAGACCGCCGCCGCGCUCACCGCCUCCCAGCCUGACUAUGCCUCCCUCGCGGCGAGGAUUGCUGUGUCCAACCUGCCGCCAAGUGGAAAUAGUCUGUCUGGCGCUCAGAGGUAUGCUCCUUUUCGCUUUGUGGUGUGCAUUUCAUUAGCAAUUGAGAGAUCUGAUCUUCGUAUUCUGCUGGAGAUGGUCUCAAGCCAGGUGGUGAACAUGCUAAAGGUCGAUGUUGUGGAUAAAUGGGUUCCUCUACUGAAACCUAAUCGAGUCGGUGGAAUCCAGAACCGGCCGCAAGCCUGGAGCGGCGGCAACGGCGAUGAAGCGUUCCCGCCGGUGCGCUGUCCCUCCGACAGCGACGGCCCAACAACGUCCUACGACGAGGAGGACAGGGCUUGUCGGUGGUACGUAGCCACGAGCGGCCAGAUUCUUGAAAAUCAGGUGGCUCAAGGUCUAGGAAUGGAGAAGGGGCUGAGAGGUGGAAGUCCAAUGUGGAAGAUGACAUCUGACAAAGUGAUGCUGCUGCUGUUUGAGACGCCCUCUGGAUUUGCACUUUUCAAUUUUUUUGCGACGCUCAUUGAACAACCAAAUGCCCUGGAGAAAAUAUGGACUAACUUCACCAAGAUUGAGAAGGCCAAGAAAGUUGUUUGGUUGAGACAGUUUCAAACUAUUGAGGACAGUUCUAGCGCCAUUAAUCAAAGCACUGGUGUUAAUGGAGUUCUUACUGAGAUGAUCAUGAAGUAUCACUGCCCUGGGCAGAAAAUGGCUGUUGGAGAGCUUGGAUAUAAAAAAAUUAUUGAAGAAAGAUUGAAAAUAGCCUGCGUGUAUGACACAACUGUGAUGGAGUUAAUGUGGGGCAUACAGAUUCGUAUGAGACAAUUGGUGCCUAGAGAAAAGGCGUAUCUGCAUGAAUCUCAACUGCUCCCAAUGAGUCAAGGACUACAAAAUGUCUUGAGUCGUUAUGAUUUUAAUUACUUCAACCCGGACAUGCUCAACGAGAGAAUUCUUAUUAUGGCUUAUGCCUUGUUUGAGUGUGACUCAAUUGAGAACGAGAAGUCUGGAGACUUGCACCAUGCAGCUUCUGUCAUUAAAGAUGUGUUUGGCAUCGACACUGAUGCUUGGGACUUACUAAAAGUUGCAACAGCUGUGAAGAGGAUAUGGUGCCCUAAAGAAGCUAGCAAUUCUUGUGAGUUUUCAGAACAUGAGGUAAAGAGAGAAGCACAAGCUCAUAGCUUGAUGAACGUGAACCUCGAGGUCAGGAUUCUUCGUUCUAGACCCGCGAAGAAGCCACCUGCCGACUCAGUGGAUACUCUAGUGAAACCAACUACUAAAAGAAUAAGAAGGAAAAGACCCACAGAGAGACGUCCUGAUGACGAUGAGUUGUCAAAAAUUCGUAAGCAAAUUAAAUACUUUUUCAAUCGGAUAAGCUAUCAUCAGACUUUUGUUGAAGCAUAUACACGUAAAGGCUGGAAAAAUCAAAGUGUGGAAAAGAUAAGGCCCGAGAAGGAUCUUGAACGGGCCAAGAAGGAUAUCAUGCGGUACAAAUUAAAAAUACGAGAAGCUUUCCAGAAUCUGGAUCAUCUUCUAACUGUGGGGAAGCCCGAGGAAUGUUUGCUUGAUUCUGAAGGAAAUAUGUCUUCAAAUGAUAUUGUUUGUGCCACUUGUAGUUUAAAAGAAGAUACAUUGGAUAAUGACAUCAUUCUCUGUGAUGGAGCCUGCAAAAGAGGGUUCCACCAGAAUUGUCUAAACCCUCCUUUACUGACUAAAGAUAUCCCCGAGGGAGAGGAAAAAUGGCAUUGCCCUGCAUGUGUUUGCAAGAUAGACUGUAUAGAAUCAAUAAAUAAAUUCCGAGGGACAUCAGAUCUUUCAAUUAGUGACUCUUGGCAGAAAGUUUUUCCUGAGGCUGCUGCCAUGGCACACGGGUCUAUGCAAAGUGAUGUACCUGAUCUUCCAUCGGACGAUUCAGAAGAUGAUGACUUCGACCCCAAUAUAUCCGAAGAACAUGUGGCUUGUCAUGUGGAAGGAUCAUCAGAAGAGGAUGGGGAUGAAGGUUCAUACUCUGAUGACUCCAAUUCCAUCACCUCUUCUGACAGUUUAGAACAUCUGAAGGAGGGAGAGAAAGUUGAUGACCUUCGAUUACCUUCUGAUGACUCGGAGGACGAUGACUAUGAUCCAGCAGGGCCAGAUUCUGAUGAAGAUAUGAAAGAGAAGCAAGAUGAGUCAGACUUCACAUCGGACUCUGAUGAUUUCUGUGCUGACAUUGCGAAGUCUUGUCAUAUGGAGGAAGUUUCGUCUGGUCGUAAGGCUGGAGAUCAUACUAAUGACUUGGAAGGGGCCCCUGUUGGACCUAACACAUCAAUGUCACAUCUCACAACCAAGGACAUUGAGAUCGACCAGGAUGCGAUUUUACCAUCAAGGAGACGGCAGGUUAAACCAUUGGACUACAAAAAACUUUAUGAUGAUGCUUAUGGGGAAGCACUAUCUGAUUCAAGCGAUGGUGAAGACUGGUCUGGGAAGAGCACACUCAAAGAACACAGUGAAGAAGAAAUUGAAGUGGAUUCAUUUCGAGACAGCACAUUCAGUCUCCGGAAAGCGAAAAACUCUACGCUGUAA